CCCAUCUCUAGUCCAAUGUUCCGUUCAUAGUCGAAUUUCACAGAUUAUUUAGUGUGGAAUGUUUUCAUUGGCUGAUUGUAGUUUCCAUUCUUAUUGGCUGACUAUCUUUGGAACGGAGUGUUCCGCAGCAAAAUAAACAUUCGUGUGUUUAUUGUUGAUUGCUUCGCGAUAUGUUAUUUCUUAACAGCUCGAGUGCAUUAGGCAGACUAUGCUGCACCAUGAUGCCGUCAGGUUCCCACUUAGUAGGAGCCUCUGCGAAAAGAACGUUUUACCACUGGUUAAAUAAAAUUUGGAAUAAUGUCGAUACGGAACGAAUAAAAGCCGUUGGGCCGGAUAGGGCGUGUGCCGAAUGGUUGAUGAAAAAUGGGGCUUCCAUCAAAUGGGCCUCAGAAAAGGACUAUGUAACAGAUUAUAACAAAUUAGCAGCAGCAGGGGAAAAACAAUAUAUUGAAGAAAUCGAUGCAUCACAUUCUAGCAUUAUGGGUUAUGGAUUUCCCUAUUUCGAAGGGUGCAACCACAUUAAAUUUAUAAAACUACACAAAUGUCACAACAUAGAUGACGACGCCUUAGGAUCAUUAGCGAUUUUAAAGCGUUCAUUAAAACAUUUGCAAGUUAGCUCUUGCGGGAACGUUACGGAUAAAGGUAUUACUUCACUUGUGGCUUUGGAAAAUUUGAAUACAUUGAUACUGUUUAAUUUGCCUGGUGUAAAAGAUAAAGAAAAAACUGUUAAUUUUUUGAAGACUGGACUGAAAUCCUGUAUGAUUGAUUACAAGUAAUACUGACUAAGACCUGAGUAUGAUAAUAUUGUCAUUGUACCUGCUUUCAGUACUAUGGUGAUGUGAACUGGACAAAACAAUGUUACCGAAGUAGAUCAUAUUGUUCGCGGCCAGAAACGAAGUAAUACAUAUUCACGGUGGUUUUCGUGCAAAACGAUCAGUGUAGGUCUGAUCGCAGCGUAGAAUCAAGUAUCAAAAUUUGUGAUCAUUCUCCACCUCUGUUGUUAAUGAAGUGUAAAAUAUUCAUUUAUAAUAUCUGUUACUUACGUUAUUUAAGAGUCAUAGCUACAUUUCCUAGCCUUAAUCUGUUUAUGACGAAAUAAAGGACAUUGAAUAACACACUAGAUUUACGUAAAUUCUAAUGGCAUUGUUUUGAUAUUGAGUUGUAGUUGUUCUUUAAAAGUCUUUAUAGUACUAUGUGUGUCAUAUCCCUUGUUAACAUCUGUGUUUACAACGUCAUAUACUCUAUCUUGCCAAAUAAGUCACUUGAAGAAGAAUCAGAAAAGUUGUCAAGGUGUAACUUAGUAUACUAUCAAAGAUCUUGUUUUGAAAUUAAUCAAUACUUUAUAUUUAUGUGACUGCACAGAUAUUUAUUGAAAGGGGUUUAUUUACAAUAAGAAUGGAAUAUUAUUUAACUUCAAGAAUUUGAUAAGUUACCAAUGCAGUCAUUGUGUACUUAAUAUGCAGGUGCUAUGUAAAGAUGUAAUUAUUUUUCAGAAAUCCGCAUUGUAAUUAGAAUUUUUGCAGUACAGUGCAAAUCUACAUUGAGUCCUUUACAGGGAUAGAAAGUGCAUUAACUGACAUGUUAAAUACUGCAUUGCCAACUCUCAACCAAACUGUUACCAAUUUAGAUAGAUCACAGUGUACUGUACCGAUCAGGCUGUCUCCACAACUUAAAUUUCAGAAGCUGAUUUAGAUGUAAAGGAAGCACAUAUUGUUUUGUAAUGUCCGUUUGCGCAAAUGUUUUGUCAUGCACCACACCAUUAUGUUAUGUGAAGAAACUAACAUCAAGUACACAUAGUUAUAGUUGUUUCUGCAAUGCUUAUAGCACUGUAGCCAUUUUCACUUGUGCAAUUUUUUUUCUUCCCAUUGAUCUAAUGAACAUAAAGCAACCAUGUACCAUAACAAUACA